AUUGUAUGGGAAAAGUUACGUGUAAUCAAAUUUUGAUCACAGGAGGCUGAGUAAGCAAACAAGCUUAAAACGUCAAGAAACGAAAAAAAGACAAGACGAAGUUUGUAGGGUUUAGCUUGUUUGAGAUAAAUAUUUAAAAAUAAGUACCUAAACACAUGCAUUCAACAGGUGUCCCCUCGAUUCCGUACGCGCCAUGCGCGUAAGAUUUCCAUAGUAACGGUUUCCACCAAACAGUUACACACAUUACUGUCGGCUUUUGUAAGAUAUUCUUCUCCGAUCGAAGUUUGCUCAAGUUCUAUACCAAAUGAACCUCGAUCGCUUCACGCUGGUCUCCAACGGAGUCGUGGAGUUCAAAUCCACCUGGCGAACAACCGGCGAAAAGCCCGACCUCGUGGACAGUUGCACUGGCACGGAUGAGCCUGCACCGCAGAUCGACGCCUCGACGGAUGCCGCCGAGCGAAAGGACGCCGGGACUCAAACGGGAGGAUCUCCGCGCCAUUCCAACGCCACGUGCGACGAUGCCAAGCUGGCCAACUGGUUACGCAAGGUUUGUCCGCUGGUUGAGGAAGAGUUAUCGUUCGGAAUUACGGAUCUACCGGACGCAAAUGAUAACUUUAGCGAUUUGUCGGGUAGACUGUUGAUCCGGAAGCAUCAGGAACUCACUAUGAGGAAAUUGAACCCAGAACUGGAGAACGGUCAAAAGUUGAACAUGGGGGCGGCAGCUUGGCUGUCGAUUCGUACUAGGGAUGCUCCGUUGCUGGUUUUGUCCUGCGGAUCGCAUCACGAGGCAUGGUGCGAGCAUACGUUCGCAUCAAUUACAGCUUUUACGCCAAAACGUGACGCGUUCGGAUCCGUUCAUUGGGUCGAGCUUAGCAGUUGCCCCGUGAAGGCCUGCAUCGAGACGCUCGAGACGAACCCUUUCAACAAGGACAUGUUCGCUGGGGGAACCGUUUCCGGCGAUGUCUACAUCUGGCAGUACGAACUUAACUUCAAGCAUGAGCAGAAUUCCUUUACGGAAAUUUUCUCCGAGACCACCGACUUUGGAAAGGUCGUCGACAUGACCUGGAUCAGGCCGAACCCAAUGACCAAAGAUUUUGGACUGCUGUCCUGCCACAGCGAUGCAACCGUGAUUCUAUGGAAGAUUGGCAAGCACGUCGGAAAGGAUAAAACAUUUCGCAUUUCAAACUCAACGUCAUCCCGCAAAGCCCUGAUUCUAACGCAGAUUUUAGCCAUUUCCAACUCGGAGUUCGUGGUCGGUUCCGUCGAUGGCAGCAUGCUGCUCUGCUCCAUGACCCAAUUGAUACCCAUCGGAUCGGCAAACAACGGCAACUCGACAACAUCUGCUAAGAAAAGCUACUUUGCACCGUCAUUCACGGAGCUCAAGCCGCACUCGUUCGCGGUGACCACGUUGCUCAAGCUGGAGAACGACCGUCAGCAGUUCCUGAUCAGCUGCGAUCUCACCGGCGAGGUGUACUUCCACGAUGUCACCGAUGCGAUCAACACAACUCCCACGCUGGUCAUCAAGAUGCCGCUGCCGUUCAAGAACCGGAUAAUCUGCACCGACGACAUGCGGUUCAUUCUGAGUCCGAACACGGACGGUGCGCUGGAGAUUUACAACAUCGACAGCGGAUCGCAGGAUGUGGUUGAGUGCGGCGGCAUGAAGGGCCGACCCGGAUUGAUACGGGCUAGCGCGAAUGGAAAAUGGCUUAUCACAGGACCCUACGAUGGAAGUUUUGUUGUGUAUGCCGUGGAGAAAGACGGUUAAAUGUUACAAUUAAAUGUACUUUUCAGCUCAACAAUUAAAAUUGAAUUAUCCCUAGCGUGCGUACAUUUUUCUCU